CGCGCGGUGCGGUGCAGAACGCGGCGCAGGCAGGCAGGGCGGGCGCGCGGGCCAGCUCGCGGGCACCCGGCCGGCCGGCGCGGGAGCGGGGAGGGUGGGGGAAAGGGUGCGCUAUGCCUUUAACGCCCGCGUACAGUAGACGGUCUGCCGGAGUGUAGGGAAACUCUAGGCGGGGUUAAAGUUCAGCGCGUGGAGCGGCAAAGAGCGCAGGGCUGCUGCAGUUGAGCCGAGUUGGAAAUGUGAACGCAAGAAGCAGGCUUGAUUUUUUUUUUCCUCUCCUCCCCCCCCCCACACCCCUUCUCCUCGCUCUCUCCUCCUCUCUCUCUCUCCUCUCUCUCUCCUCUCUCUCUCUCUCUCUCUCCCUCUCGCACCCACACUCACGCACACCUCCAGCCCGCACACGGACGUGCACGCACCCUCCCUCCCCCCGCCGCCCGGCAGUUAUGUAUUCUCCGCUCUGUCUCACCCAGGAUGAGUUUCAUCCUUUCAUCGAGGCACUUCUGCCCCACGUCCGCGCCUUUGCCUAUACAUGGUUCAACCUGCAGGCCCGAAAGCGGAAAUACUUCAAAAAGCAUGAGAAGCGCAUGUCGAAAGAAGAGGAGAGGGCCGUGAAGGAUGAACUGCUAAGUGAGAAGCCGGAGGUCAAGCAGAAAUGGGCUUCCAGACUUCUGGCCAAGUUACGGAAAGAUAUCCGACCCGAGUACCGAGAGGAUUUUGUUCUUACAGUGACAGGGAAAAAACCUCCGUGCUGUGUUCUUUCCAACCCAGACCAGAAGGGCAAGAUGCGGAGAAUUGACUGCCUCCGCCAGGCAGAUAAAGUAUGGAGGUUGGACCUCGUCAUGGUGAUCUUGUUCAAAGGUAUUCCGCUGGAAAGUACUGAUGGCGAGCGCCUUGUCAAGUCCCCGCAGUGCUCCAAUCCAGGGCUCUGUGUCCAGCCCCACCACAUAGGGGUUUCCGUUAAGGAACUCGAUUUAUAUUUGGCAUACUUUGUGCACGCAGCAGAUUCAAGUCAAUCUGAAAGUCCCAGCCAGCCAAGUGACGCUGACAUUAAGGACCAGCCAGAAAAUGGACAUUUGGGCUUCCAGGACAGUUUUGUCACAUCAGGUGUUUUCAGUGUGACCGAGCUAGUAAGAGUGUCACAAACACCAAUAGCUGCAGGAACCGGCCCCAAUUUUUCUCUCUCUGAUUUGGAAAGUUCUUCAUACUACAGCAUGAGUCCAGGAGCAAUGAGGAGGUCUCUGCCCAGCACAUCCUCUACCAGCUCUACAAAGCGCCUCAAGUCUGUGGAGGACGAGAUGGACAGUCCCGGUGAAGAACCAUUUUACACAGGCCAAGGACGCUCCCCGGGGAGCGGCAGUCAGUCCAGUGGAUGGCACGAAGUAGAGCCAGGCAUGCCAUCUCCAACCACACUGAAGAAGUCUGAGAAGUCCGGCUUCAGCAGCCCCUCCCCUUCGCAGACCUCCUCCCUGGGAACAGCCUUCACACAGCAUCACCGACCUGUCAUUACAGGACCCAGAGCAAGUCCACAUGCAACACCAUCGACUCUCCACUUUCCAACAUCACCCAUCAUCCAGCAGCCUGGGCCUUACUUCUCACACCCAGCCAUCCGCUACCACCCUCAGGAGACGCUGAAAGAGUUUGUCCAACUUGUCUGCCCUGAUGCUGGUCAGCAAGCUGGACAGGUCGGGUUCCUCAAUCCCAAUGGAAGCAGUCAAGGCAAGGUGCACAACCCAUUCCUCCCCACCCCAAUGUUGCCGCCGCCACCGCCGCCGCCGAUGGCCAGGCCUGUGCCUCUGCCCAUGCCAGACACCAAGCCUCCAACCACAUCAACAGAAGGAGGUGCAGCUUCUCCCACCUCGCCGACCUACUCGACACCCAGCACCUCCCCCGCAAACCGAUUCGUCAGUGUUGGACCACGGGAUCCAAGCUUUGUAAAUAUCCCUCAACAGACACAGUCCUGGUACCUGGGAUAAAAGUUGCAGCAUCCCACCAUCCACCAGACAGACCACCUGACCCCUUCUCAACUCUGUAACAUGGACGCAACCUCAACCCAGCGCAGUUACAACUUCACUGUCAGUGGAAGGGGAGAAAAAAAAAAAAAAACGACUCGAAUCAACUAGUACAUGGAAACAGCAAGCAUCGUGGUCAAACAGCAAAGGCCAUAACCUUUCGGGAUUUUCUUUUUUUUUUUUUUUUUUUUUAAUACUUUAGGGACUGUCGUAAUUUCUCAUAUGGUGCUGGAAAUGGUUGGGCUGUGUGACAUUCGAAGUGUUUCGGUGGUGACGUGAGCAUUAGGUGAAGUGGCUGGUAGAGGGUUAGCCUUGCUCACUAACUUCCUGCUGUAACACACUUCCCCUGCGAGCCUGGCCUUUUCACAGUAUUUCAUGGAUUUACCCACGCAGGUGUGACCCUCCCAGAGCAUUUGGAGGCACCUGGAGAACGAAAUCUUUUGUAGUAGCUGAGAUCUGCGAUCUGUAACUUACAGGACACUCAAAGGGCAAUUUUUUUUUUCCCUGUAACAUAUUAGAAAAAGAAAAUGCAGUUCCAUUGAUCUUUCCUUUUCGUUUGGUUUGGUUUCGGCAGUCAGCAGUUACAUACAUACCACAGCCUGCAAGGACAGUGAACCCACUCACGUCGCAGAAAACAAUUCCAAAAAGACCGCAAAGACUACUACUAUCAGUCUGGUUUCUUGUUUCUGUUUUUUGUUUUAAAGUUUUGAAAUGCUGCACUUACAUUUGAAAAAAAACAAAAAAACAAAAAAAAAACCAUUUUUCAACAAUUUCAACAAUGACACAAAAAUUCACGUGAAAAUGGGGAAGAUGGUCUGUUUUGACAGAAACUGACAGGAAUCAAAACAAUCGAAUUUUGAAUUGAGUGAAGUGCAAUUUCAUUGGAUAGCUAAGUAUCUUUGUAAGAUAGAGAUUGUUGAAAAUUCUAUUUUUGUUUUUCAAGUCCUCCCACCCCAGGACUCUAAAUUAUUGGGGUAAAAAAACAGCCUUGCAAGAAAAAAGGGGAGCUAUUUUUGCUUUUUAUGUUUUUUAUUGUUAAACUUGUAUCCCUUUAAAAAAAAAACUGAAGGAAAAUUUUAAAAAAAAUACAAAUCUAAUGGUGCUUUUACCAUACUAUGUUAACUACAUUAAAUGCUAAUUAAUUAUUUUCUGUUAUCAAAGCACAUAACUCAAAAGAAAUCAUGGUAUCUGUUAAUUUUAUAAGCUAGAAAUCACUAUAAUGAAUUAUGCCAAUUCUGGAAAUUUUUACAUGUGUACGGCAACACCAGAUCUAUCAGUUAUCAAACGCCUCAUUGUACCAGAUAUUGUCCAGAAGUUUCCAAGACCCUUUGCAAACCCUGACCUGGGCUAUGGGAAAAUUAAUACUAACAACACUGAUAGGGUCACAACUGCUGGUGCCCAUUCAGAUCAAGGGUACUUGUUAGGGAAAACGAAAAAAAAAGUUACCCCCCCCCACCCAAUGUCUUGUAUCUUAUGUUAAAAAAAAGACAAAAAAAAAGAUUAAAAAAAAUCAAAAAAGAACAAAAAAGAGCAAAAAAGAAAAAAAAAAAGCAGAAACAAACAAACAAAAAAAAAAAUGCAAGUGAUUUUUCUACCAGACAGCGAAGCACCCCCUUGCUUCCCACGUGACUUCAAGGUUUCCUCUACUAUACAUAUAUAUGUGUUCUGGUUGGCAGGCGCUGCUGACCAGAGGAAGUCUCUGCAUGUUCUAGUGUUAGUAACUAAUUUUUAUAUAGCUAAUGUAGGAUAAAGUAGAGUGCAUUAAGACAAUAUUGUAACCCCACUCUAGGCACUUGCCUUUAAACUGUUUCAGCCCUUCAGAAGGGCUCAACUACUGUCCUAUACAAUCAAGUGACUGAAAUUCCUGGGAAGACACUUUGCUCCUCAUCUUUACCCCCAAACGAUGUUGUUUUGUUUUGUUUUGUUUUGUUUAUUUUUUUCCUUAAUUUGCACGAAAACAAAAAUUCCAUAUCAAUGUGCCUUGCCCCGGGUAGUGAUUAUUUGUGGAAUUGUUGCACACGCUCCUCUAUUGAAGGGGUUUUUCCCUCCUCAAGCAUUCGGAGACACUUUCGUAAAUGUAACCUUUAUGUCAGCCCUCGUCAGUCAGUUUCAACAUCUAGACCUAAAUAGAAAGUUAGCUGUUCCGCAGACAGGCGUAGUCUCGAUUGUCCUGUGUGGUCAGUGGCAGUGCUAUUCUGAGCUCUGUAGAUGCUUACAAUAUCAGUAUUUGGGAUGUUGCUGCAUUUUUUUUUCGAUUUAUUUGGAGUCUUCCUUUACCCCCACCCCAAGAUAUAUGAAAAUAUGCAAUACCUGCUUAUAUCAUGUAGAAAAGCUUAGCGAUUGUUCAUUUUCCUUUCUUUUUUUUUUUUUUUUAUUUGACCAAAGUCAGUGUGCUGCAUUUGACGCAGUGUGAGGUAGGUGUCUGUCUUUGUACUUGCUGUGGUUUUGAUGCACGGGCAAGAAGGGUUCCUCUUAGAGAAGCAGUCAAACUGUGAAGCACUAAGCUGACCCUGCUUCAAGCAAUUUUGUUUUUACAACUGUUCCUUUCACAAGCAAGCCUUAAAAAAAAAAAAAAAGAAAGAAAAAAAAAGGAAAAAAAGACAACUUCCUUUCUCUUCAGCCCCCCACACCCACUUUUCUUAGCAGACGGCAGUCAAUCCGCAGUCAAUAAGAAGUACAUAAUAUGCCCAUUUUUAUAUGCACGUUUUUAAACUUCCAAGUUCUGAAAAUUGUUUACUGGUUAUCUCUAUUUAAGGAAAAAAAAUAAAAUAAAACAUUUUGGAUUUUCAUAUGUGUCUGAUAAGUGGUUGAAUAGUCAUUUGGCGCUGUUGUAUGGUAUGAUUGUCAGUGUACCGUGUCACUUCCUAUAGCCAGCAGCAUACUUUGCCUUCCCUAUAGCAUUUAGCUGGGCAUUAUUAUGACAUAUGUGCACUAAAAAAAGAGAGAGAGAGAGAGAGAAAAAAAAAAAGAAAGAAAACAUAGCAGCUCUCAGUGCUUCACAGUGAAGGGACAAAAGCCUAGACAAACAUGUUGUCAGGACCUUGCAAAAUGCCAAGGUAUUACCAGUAAAUUGGUUGUAUAUACAAUAAAAUUGCACCCUUUUUUAAAGCAAAACAAGCUAAGCAAUAGUUGGGGCAGUUUUAGUUGUUUUUAGUGGAGCAUGUUGUAGUCACGACUGCAAAGGGAGAGAGAAACUGCCCACUCAGAAGAUACGUAAUUUGUAUCGUUGUAUAGUUUUAUUGAUUACACUGAUUUAUCCUACCCUAUUUUAUAAUGCAGGACUUUUGUAAUGUUGUCUAAAUGAGGAAAAAAUUUCUGUCAAAUUAGCCUAGUGAAAUUUCCGAUUGUUCAUUAUAAAGGCAGCGUCCAUAGAAUUGCUUUUUUUGUUUGUUUGUUUGUUUGUUUUGUUACUUUUCCACCUCCUUUGGGAACUGGAUUUAAGUUUAAAACUUUCCCGUUUCCUUUUUGUUUGUUUGGAUUUUUUUUUUGGUAAGUAUUUAAAUGCAUCUAUUCUUCUGUCAAUGGUACAGCAUAUUCCUAUGCUUGAGAAGUGUAGGUCUACUGAGAAACCAUUGCAAACGGACGUUACAGGUGUGCUGUACUUUUGAAGGUAUUUUGUUGUAUUAAGUUUGGUGAAGCUAAAAUUAGGGAACUCUGAACAGAUUUGCAGGAAUAAAAAAAAAAAUGUUUUAAAGGCUCUAAACCGUUGUGGAGGCAGCAAGCAAGGGUUAAGUCGUAAAUGCACUGAGUUCCGUUCCGUUCACGCUUCCUGCAGGAAACUGUAGUUCAGUUGUCAUCAAGUGGGAAAAUCAAAACACCAACCGAUCCACGUGUUUUGCCGUUUAGCUUAAAAGCUGAGCGAAGAUGCUUGGGAAAGACUUUACUACAAGGAUGUAGAGACAGACAGACCCCAAGAGCUGUUAGCAUUCGAAGGCCCAGCCUUGAUUCUGAAACAUGUUGGAUUUUUUUUUUCUCUCCCAUCAAAUAGCAUUACCGCAAUUGGCAAAGAUGGUCCCUCAAAUGACUCCCCCCAAUUUUUGCUUUGGGAACUGAAGUCAGAGGCACAAAUACUAACUUUCAACAUCUUCCAAUAAACAUUUUUCUUUGGGCUCCUCUCCUCAAAACUCCUUUUCUAACCUCUGCUGGGCAGAAGUCCUCUCUAGUGCCAUUCUCCCCUCCCUCCUGCCCUUUCCUACCCACUAAAGUAUGGCUCCUCAGCCCCUGGCAGGACAUCUGUUGGCUCAUUCUGCAGCCAGUACCACCAACACCCAGACAGGCUCCGCAGGCCCUCCAGGCUGCACUCUCCAAGCUCUCCCUUUUCCUUCCCCAACAGUCCAAGUGUGCAGGAUCCAAAUUUCUAGACACACUGUGCUAUAGUCAGUCAGCCCACAGGAAUAUGCAAAACCCAUCUCAAAAAGUUUGUCUUUCACCUUCCCAAAUCUUUACCCUUUUGUGCUUCAACCUCUGUCAUGAUGAUAUCAUGGGGUAUUUGCAAAGGAAAACAUUUUCUCCUGGGAUUUCCUUUUUGCUGUUUUUGUUACUGUUGUUGGGUUGUUUUGUUGUUGUUUGUUUGUUUUGUUUUUGUGAUGGGGAGUGGUUUUUAAGAACGUCAUUUGAUACUUUUUUCCCUCAGAGUGUAUUCCAUAGCCCCUGUCGCUCCCUCUCUGGCUCCCUCUCUCUCUGGCUCUCUGUGUGUCUCUGCCUCUCUGGUUUUUCUUUGCUUCUUUUUCCCUUCUGGUUUCUGGUAGCAGGCCUCCAUUGAACAGGUGUAGAACACAAGAAGUGUGGUCAGUAAGCUUUGGUGGUGCCUCCCAGCCUACCCGCCAGACCGUCCGGUCCUAGACAGUCCCAGAGGCUGCGCCGCCCCUAGGGCAUGGCUUUCAUUUACAUCGGCUCCCGAGGCCAUUUUGUCUUGAAGUCAAUGCAUGCACUUACUGUUUGACAGUAAUCCUACUCUGCCUUCUCCAAGUCCAAGGCUGUGCAUUCGUCUAAUUAAUGUCAUGUAUGUUUCCCCUUUAUUUUUUUCCAAUAAAAAAAGCAGUGGGAUGAAAAUUGCUUUGAUAUAUAGCAGGUAUAUUGAAGCUAUUCCAUAGCACUUAACUGUAGUGAAUUCUGUGUCACCAGUUCUGAAAUCAAUUUAAUGUUUAAUGCAAAUCCAUUACAUGGUGCUAUUACAGGCUGACAAAAUGAUUUACACAAAUGUGACAACUUGGGCUCAAUUCACUCUGCUUCCCAACAGUGUAAAUGCAUAGCAGUGUUUAUCUGCAUGAGAACUAUGCACUAACCUAUCUGAAGAAAAAAAAAAAAAAACUAUAUCAACUUUGGUAUCUACUUUCCGUUUACUUCAAUCCUUGCCUUUUGGUCAUUGUUAUAAUGCCAGCUUUAGGACAGAAAGAAUUAUAAGAAAACCAGCAUAAUACCUGAUAUAUUAAAAUGUAGUGCCUGUGAAACCUGUAUUAUACUGCUCUUCUGAAGUAAGAUUUUUCUACACCGGUAGCCUUCGCUGUCUGUCAGUCAGGACCUCUGGUAUAGGUGAUGUAAAAUAACCGUACAAUAUUAUGCAUGCUACUCCAUAAUGCUUAGUGAACUGUAUGAAUAUUACUCAAAGUUCUGUUAGUCUUUUUUUUUUUUUUUCUUUUCUGCCUUGGUUUUUGUCAGCUAGGUUUGAGGUAUUUCACUGAGAACAUGAACUCUGUCUUCCUUCCGGCCGUCUUCAGCAUCCUGGAGGGUGUACACUUACUUAAAUUCAGUAUUACCUGUGUUUUGUUUUCAUUAUUUUGUUUUUGUUUUUGGGUUUUGUUUGUUUGUUUGUUUCCUUUCGUCUCUUCUAAGGGACAAGCAUGGGUGUUUGAUUUCAGAGAUAGGUAUCUGGUGAGAUUUUUGUCUGAAAACUACCAUUUGAAUCUCAAGAACUCUGCUGCAAAACCACUCUGAGAACAUUUCCAAGGGAGAGUCACUUCCUUGACCCUCAACGGAAGCUAGACAGCAAGGAAGAAACUUAAUGGACAGAGGACCCAUGCUUGAUCCGUCUACACCAGACUUUCUCAUAUGAAAAAGAAAACAAAACAAAAAAAAAAUCUUUAAGAAAUCACAUGGCUAUUUAGUUACAUGCGCAGAUGCAAUAUUUUCUUCAAAAAUAUAACUCUGUACAAACUUUGGGCCCGAUUCAUAAGAAAGAAGUUUGCUAUUAACACGGGAUUUUUAAAAUAUACUCUCUCUCUCUCUCUCUCUCUCUCUCUCUCUCUCAUUUAAAUUUGAAACUACUUGCUUCCCAAAUUAAAUAUGUAUUUUUUUAAUUUUCCCCCUGAACCAGCACCCAUCUGCCUUUCAUUCUCCAGUGGGUUGCAUUAGAUGAGUUAGAGGGAUAACAUUGGUCACUGGGUCCUGGCAAGGUCACAGGGUUAAGUGGGAACUUUAGCAUGGGGUGUAGCCCCUGGAGUCCCCCCCUCUGUGUGCCAGGCAUCCUACGUGUGGACUCACCGUACUGUUUGGGCUGAAACACUAACUUUGUUAAACUGUGUCUUGACCACAGAGAGUGUACAGGAGAAAUGCUACCUCUGAACUAACUAGAGCAAAUUCAUGGCGGAAAGUAUCACAGACUUUAAACUAUGAAGUUUCCUGUCUCUACAGUGGUUUCAAAGGCAAGCGCUGUCCAAGGAAUAGGCCAUUCUUCCUGCUGUUUGAUGCUCAGCCUUUCAAAAAGCCUGAAGCUAUUUUUUUCUAUUCUUUUUACUGUGUCGCUCUUAUUUUUUUAAUUUUUUUUUCUGUGAAUUUGCUUUUUUUUUUUUUUAACCUGUUAUCAUUCUCAACUAAAGGGCUUAGGUCACUGGCUGUAUUAGGAUGCACAUAUGAGGGUAGCCAGAACUCUUCUCCCUCAGACCAUUGUCUCUCCAGUGGACUCAGCAGCCUUGCCACUGAGAUACCAGCCAGACGAGAGGAGUGCCAGCAGGUCUCAGUAGGUCUUUAGGGAGACUGUCAAGGCCAAGUCCGUGUUCCUUCUCUGUUUCUCCCACUUACGUUUCCCAACACACAUUUAAAAAAAAAAAAAAUGUCUGCUCAGAGUGCCUCUGCUUUCCUUUUCAAAUUGUGGGGGAAAGGAUUAAAACCUUCAAAUGAUGGGGAAUAAAAAAAAAAAAGAGAGAUCUAUUGUGAAAUGAAACGCCCGUGUUAAUAACUUGGUCUGAAAUUGUUUUUAUGAGCCGGGCCCCCUGUGCCUCUAGCAUAUUUGUAUUGACUCUCAUAGUUACCCUUUUCGUUCACUGUGUUCUGUGAAAACUUGUAAUUGGUGGAGAAUCACUGUGGGCGUCCAUUCUUACCAACGGAAUCUCCACAGGGUUUUUGAGCUGGUGUGGAUUAGUUUAACCCUUGUACUCAGCCAUUCGCGCUACCACCUUCUCACAUUACAAUUACUGGAAGCAAGUACUGCAUUUCCUAUGCAACAAAAAAGGAAAAAUAAAAAAAAAAAAUUGCUAAUGCUA